AAUAGUGGAUGGUGGUGGUGGAACCACUUAAUGCGAUUUCACCUUCCCUAUGUUUCUCCCACAGAAAAACAAAAUCCAAUAAUUAAAAAAUCGUUUCAAACCAAAAGUCUUAUUUACCUCAAUACCAUAUUUGAUAAACUCCUUAACUCGAUUAUCUAUUCUCAUCCGAAUCACUUUCUUACGUUUUCUCUCACUAAAAUCAUAUCCAAAGAGUUUCAUAUUUUGUGUUUGGUCAGAAGAAGAUGGAGUCUGGUAAUAGUAGUAGCAUGCAAUCUUCAAGCGGAGGAGGAGGAGAAGAAUACGAUUCACGCGCCGCCGAUCAAUCCAUCUCAGCCUUCUUCGACCACCACAACCACCACGUGGCAUCUUUACCUCCGCCGCAACAAAACCACCUCAACCCCCUUCACUUCGACCACAACAACUCUUUAAUACCACAAAAUUACUUCAAUAAUAAUAACGGUAUCUUCUUGCCUAUAAACCAACAAUCCGACCCAAAUACUCAACCCGACCUCCGAACCUUCUCCUCUACCUCGCCAUCAAUCCCUCCUAACAACAUAGGAGUAAUCAAGAAAACAAAGAAAAGAUCUCGAGCAUCAAGGCGAGCACCAACGACGGUUCUAAAGACGGACACUUCGAAUUUCCGAGCGAUGGUUCAGGAGUUCACCGGCAUCCCAUCUCCGCCGUUAUUCAACAACAACUCCGUCGUGAACACCAUGCGCCUCAACACUUUCCUCGGCUUGUCUUCUUCAACGACGCCAAACUCUAACAACAGCAACAACAACAUCUUGUUACGACCUUUCGCUCAAAAACUCCUCCCAACGUCUCCUCUCCUAUCCGGAUCACAGAUUCAGCAAUACCAAAACCCUAACAACAGUUUCGAGAAUAUGAAUUUACAGUCUCUACUUCAAGCUCAGAUUUCAAACCCUAGAAGCAAUGAUCACGAUCAGUUUGGUCUUAGUAUGUUGCAGAGUCAAUCUAUUACUCCUCUGACGACGACCACAAUAGCUAACGGGAACGUAACCACGGGUGAAAAUGGUGGUUACGGUGUUUCCUAUCAUGAUCAUAAUAAUGACAAUACUUGGUUAUGUUCAUCUUCCGACCAAAGAACAUAGAAGUGUUUCUAUAUAUAUAUUGUCCGAAUCCAAAGCUAAUCUCUUGGUAUAUGCUUAUUCAUUUCAACAAUUAAACAUAGUAUGUAUUAUGAUGAUUAAAUUACUAGUUUAUUAUUCUAUAUAUUUUCGUAUGAUUAAACACC